CACCACCACACCACCGCCACGGCGCCUGCCCCUGUGACCCCUGUCCUACUCCUCUGCCCACCCGGCUCGGCUGCUUCCUCAAUCCUCCCCCUCCCCCUCCCCCUCCCCCUCCCCCACUCCCCUCUGCGUUUUCAAAAAUCAAACCCCAGCCGGAACGGCGAAACCCCUUCCACCAUAGCCCAGAGGAGAGAGAGUGUGUGUGAGAGACGGAGCAGCAGUUGCGGUUUCCCUCUCCGUCGCUCUCGCCGCCCGCCGCCGGCUCCGUGCCCGGAGCGCAAGGCGGGCCCGGCGGCAAGGUCCUCCGCUCCGUCCCCUUCACUCCCGACCGGCGUCCCCGCUUCGUUGGUUCGCCAAUCUACUUCGUCCGCCCACCCCUUUUUCCCCCGAUCGAUCUCUCGUUCUUGCUAAGCAAACCAUCUUAACCCCUCUCCCUCGUGCGAGAUUAGCCAGGAGAAAGUUCCCCGCUUUUCCACCAGGCAUGCUUCCACCGCCUUGCUUUGCUGCUUGACUGCUUGCUGCUGUUGUGCGGAGUGUUAAAGAAGGCGGCGCCGGAGUCAAGAUUCCUUCUUCGCCCUUCUUGUUGCCGUUGUUAGUGGUUUUGUUUGUGAUUGCGGCUGCCCUGGAGUCGCGGUGUGUGUGAAGCGAGGGAUCCGAGAUUCUUGUGGAUUCUGUUCUCCUUUUUCCAUCGCUGCCGAUUCUCUCCCGUGCGACAGCACAAGCGGCGGCGGCGUGGGGAGAGCAGCCGCCGUGCCCGGCCUUGGAGGGGCCCAGUCCGUCUAUGGAACUUGCUGCCUCGGUGCCACGCCCCGGCCCGGAACCGAAGUGCUCAGCAAGGCGCUGCUUGCCUGCCCCUCUCACGCUGCUGGUGUCCAUUGUGGCAGUCUCCUGUUUGAUUCCUGCUCCUCGCUGAUCGAUUUCUGGACUGCGAUGAUGGUGCCGCGAACGGUGCUGCUCCUUUGCUGCUGCCUCCUGGCGUUCUUGCCACUUGGUCCGCUAGCCGUUGAAGCUUUUGUAGGGGGUUAUGGGAUAAACUACGGGAGAAUAGCAAACAACAUCCCUUCCCCUGAUAAAGUGGUGGAGCUCCUGAGGAGAGCAAAGAUAAGGAAUGUUAAGAUAUAUGACGCCGACCACAGCGUUCUCGAUGCGUUCAAAGGGUCUGGGAUCAACCUGGUCAUUGCAAUCCCCAAUGAGCUUGUCAAGGAUAUGGCUGCAAACACAAGUCGUUCGAUGGACUGGCUAAAUCAAAAUGUGCAGCCUUAUCUCCCUCAGACUCGCAUCGUUGGGAUCACUGUGGGAAAUGAGGUGCUGGGAGGCCAGGAUCAAAGCUUGUAUCAGCCACUUGUUGAUGCUGUGAAGAACGUGUAUGAUGGACUCAAGAGGCUCCACUUGGAGAGUAAAAUUGAGCUUUUCACACCUCAUUCGGAAGCUGUUUUUGCUACUUCUUAUCCACCCUCCGCAUGUGUGUUCAAGGAAGAACUCAUGGCAUACAUGAAACCUCUCCUCGACUUCUUUGCAAUGAUUGGCUCACCUUUUUAUGUGAACGCAUACCCCUUUUUGGCUUACAUAAGCGAUCCAGAACAUAUCGAUAUCAAUUAUGCUCUCUUUAAACCCAACAAGGGAAUAGUUGACCCGAAUACUAGCCUGCACUAUGACAACAUGUUUGAUGCUCAGAUAGAUGCAGCUUAUGCUGCUCUACAUGCUGCUGGUUAUGAUGACAUGGAGGUUCGGGUGGCAGAGACUGGCUGGGCUUCUAGUGGGGAUCAAAAUGAAGCAGGAGCUUCAUCUGAGAAUGCAAGGACAUAUAAUUUCAAUCUUCGUAAACGGCUAUUUCUGAGGACGGGAACUCCUCUGAAGCCAAAGAGACCAGUCAAAGCAUAUAUAUUUGCCUUGUUUAAUGAGAAUCAGAAACCUGGAGCUGGCUCUGAGAGGCAUUAUGGGCUGUUCCUUCCUGAUGGAAGGAUUUCAUAUGACAUUGGUGUCUCAGGUCUACUACCUUCUUCUGCAUCCUCAUCCAUGCUGUUCAUUAAGAAGGUUCGAGCUGGGGGUUGGAUUUUACACUAUUGGGCUACAGUUCUUUUAUGUAUUUUCAUUCUUUUGGGGCCAUAGUGACUUGAGGACGGCAUAACACAUCCGUAGUAAAGGUUAUAGCUCGAGCUUGGAUACCUUAAAUGUUUAUUAUUUUUCAUUUGGGAUGAUGUGCAUCAAGCAGACAGCCUGACAAACCAUUGUUCGUUUUUGGCUCUGUUUGGAAUGCUGGAAUUUCCCUGUCCCUGCGUUUUUCUUGUGAAAACGAACUGAUUCCUAUGAAAUUCCUGUGCAAUUCCGGCGUUCCAAACAGGCACUAAGUAUCGCAUCUUGACAUAUCAGUUACCAGUAGACACUCAAAGCAGAUGGUGACUGAAAGAAUAGCAUUUGGUUUUGUGGAUGGUUUGGAGCCUUGAUGGUUUGCAUGCACACCUAUCCUGUGAUCUGUUCAAAGGUAUUAAAAAGCAACAGGUGCAGAACCUCAGAGAAUAUACAUAUAGAUAUCAAAAGGCAUCGAAGGAUAGAUAUGUAAUGUUGUUGCCUGGUUUGCCGAGUGGUUCUAUAGAUUGAUCAAAGCUCCAGCAUAUUGUUAAAGUUCGCUGAGUGGUCCCAUCCAUUGCUUAAUGAUACUAUUCUUUAAUGAUCAUAUGGUACUUUAUGUUACCAAGUCUGUAAAAACUGCGGGGAUAGUCUCCCCCCACCGGCUGAGUUUCUCUCUGUAAAGAAUGGAGUUAAUGCAAAACAUGUAUGGUUAUUGUUUUAAGGGUGUUUGGUUUGAGCAAUCACCCAAUCCUAA